CGAGACCGACUUAAAAAUUCUCACCGACUAAAUUUAGAUUUCAUUAUAAAUACGUGGAUUCUAGGCAAACCGACAUGUUAAUAAAUACGAAGGAGAAAUUGGAAGUUAAAAGUAAAGGACUAUAUAUUGGGGCACAAUCAAAUUUGGAACGUUGAUUCCUCCUACCCUAUUGUUCGCCAGUUGAAUGAUAAUUGAUAGGUGAAGUUGUUUUGUUUCUUUUAUUAUGUGUUUGUCUUUGUCUAGUUUGUUGUCAUGGACUAUAGUUUGCUCAUGAAUAAAUUUACACACAGCUGUAAUAAUGGAUAUCAUGUCGAUUUUUGUUUUAUGUAAUUUACGUUAAAGAGGGGGACAAUUCCAAAUAAGUACUUCAGUGUGGAGUAAAAGCUAACGGGAAAAUAUCUACUAAAAUGUAAUCAUCUUUUUUCCAAAUCCAACAAUAUGGAACAUUUCAAAGAAGCGCUUGUCAACAUUUGACAAUUGGACUCUCUUAGUGGUUUAUCAAGUAUUUCCAUGAUUUGUAGAACGCCAAAAAAGCACAGAAAAGUUCAACACUUUUUAUUUUUGUUGAAGGAAAGAGAAAAGGCUCAUACUUUCUUAAACCUUUGUGUUUUAGACCAACACUUUCUUUAACCUUUUUUACAUUAAUUUGUUAGGUGUUUGAUUUUUCAGAUAAAAUGAGAAUCAAGUUCGAUGUACCAUGUCCGCGCGAACACACAUGCAUGUGACUUUGUACUACUUCGAAUGUUUCUUGGCUUUUAAUGAGUAAUUUUGAUUCGUAUUGUUAAGUAGAACUAAUUCCACAGGUCACAAAACAAAAGUGUUGACUUACCUAUAAAGAGAGACAGAAGAACACACACACACACACACACACAAAGGUUUACUAAACUCAAAACGAUCAGGUCAUAAACUACGUGCAAACCAUUUCAUCGGUCUCCAUCAAACAUCCUAAAAUUGAAAAAUCAAAUCUUUUUUUUUUUUCCCUUGAAUUCUCAUUUUAUUUUAAUAUUCAUGAUAGUAACCACAUGUCAAAAUCUUAGGACAAAGAUAGAACCGACAUGUAAGUCACUACUUUUGCCAUGAACGUGCUUACCAUUUUCUUUUAUAUUCCUACUACUUAUAUCUCUAUCCUCUGCAUAUUUUUUUACCCGUAAAAUUAUAAACCCAUCUUUCAAAAUCUAUUAAUUUUUUUUCCCGUUGACAAUCUAGUUAUGCCUCCUCCGGCAAUGCUUACGUUUGACGAUGGUUUAGCCCGGAAAUCUAACGACAAUGAGUGGCAAGGUUUCAGAGUUUUUCCCGGAGAAAACAAAAACCCUAACCCUUACCCUGAUUUCAAUUUCUUGGUUAAGAAGGCAAUUCUGCAUAGCGAGAAAUCAACCAAUCCUCUUUUCUCCCGUUCUUCGACAAGAGACGAUAGCUUCAAGAUUGUGUUGCCGCCUGCGAUGCCUCCUCCUAGAGACUCCGCAGUUCCGCUUCCUAUGCUCCCGGAGCCGAUGAGAGUCCGGAAGAAGCUUAGCCACCAAGAAUCAGUCAUAUUUAUGACGAAAUCGCGUUACUCAGAGAAGAUUCUCUACAAGAAAGAAGAUUUCAAAUGUAACGCCUUCUGCUUGUCUCUACCUAGCUUCGGGAAAAACAAGCCAGUUAGAUCUUCUUCGAAACGCCAAGAUUCGAUGGGAAAGAAGAUGAUUAGAGCUUCUUCCUUCACGGGAUCAACUGUUUCUGUACGCGCCUCGCUAGAGAAAUUCGAAUGCGGUUCUUGGGCAUCGACGACAGCUCUGAUUCAAGAUAACGGUCGGUUGUUUUUCGAUCUUCCGAUGGAGAUGACGAAAUGCAACAGCCGCGGUGGAAACGGAGGAAGAGAUGUGCAAGAACCGGUGACUUCCGGAUUCUUGUUCGAUAGAGAAACAGAGACUUUGGCUCUUAGAAGCGUUUUAAAGACGAGGAGUACUCGAGAUCACCGGCGAUCAGCUGAGACUUCACCGCAACGUCGUGUAAGAUUCUCGACUUCGUCUGCAUCGGCUUCAGUUUCGUGCCCUACUUCGCCGCGAACUUGUAUCACUCCACGUUUGCGUAAGGCUAGAGAUGACUUCAAUACCUUCUUAACCGCACAAAACUCUUGAAUAAGGAAACCAAAAACAGAACACCGAGAGUUUUUUUUUUUUAAUAUGUAUGUAUGAAUGCAAUGUAUCUACGGAUGAUGUGUAAAUAUUAUGGAGAGAAAGAGUGUUGAGUCUUUGAGAAAUCAAAAUCGACAAAGGGUUUAUGUUUCUGAAAUAAGUCAAAAGUAGAAUUUUUAGUGUUUGCUUUAGAAGCUCUGUUUCUAACUUUAAUCUCAAAGUUUUGAGGGUUUGUGUGGCUUUGUUGAAUCUUUGCGAAAUAAAAGUUGAAGAAGAGUA